CCACUUCCAGUGUCCACCAUCUUGGCCGAAGUUGCCACAAAAGUAGAAUCGUGACGGACGGCAAAUAAUUGCAAAACGCAUAGUGUUGACUAUUGUGGAAAAAACCCAUAGCGAAAGGCCGCCAAAAAGAAGUUGGCAACAAAGCAGGCGGGGAUUGGAUACCGAUUCCAGCUGGGCCACAAGGUGCUCGAAUUUGAUUUCAAUUUCGAUUCCAGCCGUCAGACAGAGACAGCGCGUCAGCAGAGUGCGAGAGGGAGAGGCAAAGGCAGAGCAGAGUUGUCGCCGGAAAAAUCAUACUGUCAAAGUCGCAAGUCAUCGCUUAUUCAAAGCCAACUCGAUAUGAAUGCCAAGCGCGUGAAGUAUUCCAUGGUGAAGGAGGAGAUCGUGCCCGUGCUUAUCGAGCAAGAAACCGAGGUGGAUCCCGAGGAGGAGCCGGAGGAGGAGCCCGAGGAGGACGAGGAGCACGUUCAAGACGACGACGGUCAGGAGACGCAGUAUACGUAUGCCUAUACCACCGGCGACGACGAUGACACCGAAACUGCGGUUGUGACCCUAAGCGAUCGCGACCACGAGGCGCUGGUCAACGCCGAGGAGGUAAUUAUUGAUGAGAACGGUCACGCGGUGACCCUGCAGGAGCUGGUCGAGAACAGCACUGUCGAGGAGGUGGAGACCAUCGAACAGGGCGAUGGCACACACACCAUCCUUCAUAUUGUGCCCAAUAUUCAUGGCGAAGAGGUCGAGGAGGAUGAAGAGCUCGAGGAUGGCGAGGAGAUUGACAAUGACGAUGAGAUUGUAACCGUCGACCACGAAGGCGCCGAACUGGAAGUUGAAGAUGACGAGGUGGGCUCUAUUGUGUUCGAGAGUACCAUCGACCACGCCGAACAAGAUCCGUAUGGUCGCAACAAGACCUUCUACUGCCCCAAUUGCGGCAAUUGCUACAGCGCCGCCGGCUCCCUGAAGCUUCACAUGCGCGCCUGCCUGCGUCAGAGGAACGAGAUCUCCAGCGAUGAACGCAAGUGCAAGGUGUGCAGCAAGGUCUUCAACUCGGUUGCCUACCUCAAGGAGCAUAUGAUGCGGCACACGGGCGAGCAGCCCUUCCGCUGCACCCGCUGCUAUCGCAAGUUCGUCGAGGAGGGCAAGUAUACCGCCCACAUGGAGUCGCACAAGCACCAGGACAAGCUCGAGGCCGAAGCAGUGGCCCUGGCCGCCCAGCACGGCGGCAAGAAGGUGGUCGUCAAGGAGUUCCAGUGCGCCUUCUGCUCGCAGAAUUUCACCGUGGUCUUCGAUGUUGGCCAGGUGAAGCGACGCUAUGCCUGCGACGCCUGCCGCGAUAAGUACUCUAAUGCGGAGGCACUGCGCCAGCACAAGCAGCAAGUGGAGGAGAAGCGCGAGUUCAGCUGCGUGCGCUGCGGCCGCAAGUUCGUUUUCGAGGGCUUCCUUCAGCGCCAUCUGCCCACCUGCGAUGGCAGCAUCAAGCGUCGAAGGGACAUGAAGUAGAGACGGCCACAACGUGAUGUGCACUGGCGGCGUCGGCAGCAGCUGGAGCCGGCGCGUGAGGAGCAGGAGUCGCCGCCGCCAGUGCGUUACGUUGUUAUCAAGCAGGAGUACAUAGAUGAGGAGCAGUAGGAUUAGCUGGAGCACGAGCUAGUUUCUAAUGGUUCGCCCAUGCAGAACUCAGCCGCUAGCCGCCAGGAGGAGCCAAGAGGAGCAGCUGCUGUUUAUCUACACGCAAAAACAAAUCCACACCCUUCUUGUUUUGGGAGCCCCAACUGGGGCCACUAUCGUCAAGCGAUUCCAAAGGAAGGGUUUAUCUUUUACCUAAAUGUAUACAAAUACACACACACACACCGUUGUUUAUAUUAUAAUUUCAGGCCAGCUCUGCGGUUCACAAUUGAAGAUAAAAGCAGAAUCAGCAGACGUUGGACACAGACGGAUGUCGAUCAUGGCCAAUGUAUAGAAUAUAUAUUACUUACUUUUAAUUACGACUACUUAAUCUUAGAGCUCACGAUCACCCGCUAUUGUGUAAUAACACGAAACUUCAAAUACUGACACAAAACGAGCGUCAAAUCGAUGUUGAAUUCAAUAAAAAAAA